AUUGAUAAAACGUCACAACUUCAGUUGCAAGAUGGCGAACGUUCGGGAUAGUGACACAUCCUUGUGGCUUCACAAUAAACUCGGAAUAUCGAAUGAUUCGUGGACAAGUGGCUCAAUUUGUUCUCAAUUAAACGCGGAAGUGUUGAAAAAUAUUAAAGAUUGUUUUCCAGAUUUGCAAACACAAGUGAAGCUAAAAUUAUUGCUAAGUUUCUUUCAUAUCCCGCGCAGAAAUGUUGAAGAGUGGAGAAAUGAAUUGGAGGAGAUCAUCGAAGUUGCAGCGGUGGACUCUGAUCUCUGGGUUGCGAUGCUCGCUGAAGUCCUCAAGACGUUCCCCGCGACCGGCACACUUAAUACAGAGAUAGCAGAGUUUGAUGAAACUAGACCAAUAUUCAAUGAUAUGAUAGGUGAACUAAGAAGGGAGUUAGCCAAACAUUCAGAUUUAAAUCUAUUGCCAUUGGAGUGCCUUUAUUUAAAUAAAAAUGCCUUAGUGUCUGUGGUUGGUCAACAACCGAAUCCUGUUAAACAUUUUACAUUGAAACGCAAACCCAAAUCAGUGGCUUUAAGAAGUGAGUUACUCGCUAAAGCCUCGGAGAUCCAAGCUAAUCAGAAGAAAGCACAAGCUCCCACUGUUCCUGUCAGAUCUAGAGGGAUGCCUAGAAAAAUGACUGACACAACACCUCUGAAAGGUCUACCGUCUCGAUGGGCAGCCCGCACCGGGUCGCGGGUGUUAGCGCCUAUAUCCCGGCCUCCGCCGCGCGCCGGCAUCAAACUGCUAGACAUCAAUGAACAGCCAGCCACGCACGCUCAAAUCAAGAAGAGAAGGAAACUCGAAAUAGAGGAAGGUGCAAAGAAGCAGCCGGCGGCUGCGCCGCCCUCGCCACCUCCAGACUACGCCAAGGGACUCAACUACCAGAUGCCUAAGGCUGACGACCAUACCGGCAGCGAACCACUGACCACAGCAAACUCGGAAACUACAGUACAGUCAGAAACAGAAGUGACCAGCACGCCGCUAGACCCGCCCGCCACUGAACCUAACACUAUUCUCUUACAGCAACCAUCUGCAAAAUCAAUAGUGCUAGGUCAACAGCCGAAGUUACUAAUAAGUCAGGCUGGAGGCAAGUCGGUGUUGCUCUCCACACAGAACUUGCUCAACUCGUCCGCAGUCACCAUACUGCAAGGCGGCGGCAAGACAGUCGUGUUGCAGAACAUCAAGCCGCUGACGUCUGCCGGCCACACCACAGCAAGAGUCGUGCAACAAAUUGCACAGCCCAUUCCUAUACAAAUGCCGGGUACGGUACAAUCAACGCAGCUGCCGAGAGAACAAAUGCUGGAAGCGCAAGACAUGUUCCGCAACGCGAACCGCGUUACAAGACCGGAAAAGGCACUCAUACUGGGCUUCAUGGCCGGCUCCAGGGAUAAUCCUUGUCCUAACCUCGGAAACAUAGUGACUAUAAAACUAUCGGAGAACUACGAGAACGUGAUACAAUCGGAUGACACUUUCGUCACCAUGGUAGCGGAGAUGCACUUCCAGAUGAACUACAACAACGGCCAGUGGACGAGACUCAAGAAGUACCGUCCCCUGGACGGAGCAGUGCCACAGAAAAUACCACCCGGAUCUUCCAUUAUUGCACCAAAUAACCAAUCUAUAGUAACACUAACCAAUCAAAAUGGCAGUUAAAAUUUACUGAAAUAUCGACGGUUAAUGCUUUAUAUUUAUAAACAAAUGUCAAAUAUUAUAAAUGUCACGUUUGACUAAUGUCAAAAUGACAGUUGACAGUUGAUUUACAGUUUUACAGUCAAAGAAAAUAUCCGGUGAGGUUAGGUUGUGUGAGAAAAUAUUUAAAACCUAUAUGAAUAUAAA